AUGAUUUUUGAGGAUAGCUAUUGGAGUGCUGAUGGUUUAUGGUUGGUGUGGAUUUUUUGCUUAGUUGUUAUGGCCUUGCUGGCAUGGUGGCAGAUUGUUGCGGUUCCAGUGCAGUAUGUGGCCUGCAUUUUGUCAUGGGUUGUUUUCUGCAUUUAUGGCUGGGCAAAUUUAGUCAUUGGGUUUGCACUGGACUGUACCGGUUUCUGCUUUAUAUUGGACGGCAUUUUCUACAGGUCUGCACUGAUCUCGAGCAUGGAGACGGGGUAUGCAGGCAGAAAUGCUUAUAUUUUGUCAAGUUCUUAUGGCAUAAAUCUGGAAAAUGCAUUACCUAUUGAAGGGGUGACUAAAGUUGACACUAAUGUAUUACCUGUUGAAGCUGACUCUGAUGAUCCUGAUUAUGUAUUAAAUGAGAGUAUUGAUGAUACUGAUAGUGAUGACCCAAAUGAAGACCAAGUUAGACAAUCAUGUGGUGUUGAGGUGGAUGUUGAUAACUGGGGCUCCAUCGCUAUCAUCGACACUACUUACACGACACAAAGCACCGGUGAUCCUCAAGCUAAGUCUCGACAAACUGAAGAAGAGGCGUAAACGAGGGCUUUGCUUUGAUUGUGAUGAGAAAUUCUCGCGUGGGCAUCGCUGCAAGCAGUUGUUUUACUUGGAGGGAGGUUUUGUCGAAGACGAAGAAGACCCACCCAUCACUGUAGAAGAGGGAGCCAAUUAAGAGGAGGAGAUUCCCGAGAUAAGUUUGUACGCCAUAAUGGGAAACCAUACACCGCAAAUGAUGCGAGUUUGGGGAAAGAUUAAUGGCAGAAAAAUUAUCACCCUUGUUGAUUCGAGAAGUACCCAUUAUGUAAAACUCAGGUAAAUUUGAAUUUUUAUGAAAAGGGGA